AUGCCCUUCCUGUGGUUUUUGAUCCUCAACCUCUAUCUCCACCACGCGGAGGCCUGGCUGGAGCAAGGAACAAGCCUGGCACCGAAGAGCCAGGCGCAACCGGACUCGAGCGCGCACGAUCCUGCGCGUGUUCACAACAGGCACGUGGCUACAUCCUGGUUUGGUGAGGCGUGCCAUCAGCCGGUUGGGGAAACACCAUUCGAGAUCAGAGCUACCUGCACGAGCCGAAGAAGCACUCAGAGCAGGCAAUAUGGCAGCCAGUUCGCAAAGCUGGUGGUGCCAUUCGUGCAACAGGUGGUGCAAAGCCAAUGCCCAAUUCUGCCCGAAUUGUGGUACGGGCAGAGACAGCUAUACAGCGACGCCGGGUACACACCCGCCCUGGCGGGCCACUGGAUCUCAAGAUUGGGAUUGGCAGUGGAGGCAGUCUUCGCCGCGCUCUCGGAAGAGACCGACAUCCCCGAGACUACGUCGACAAGAUGGCAAAGAAGGCAAAAGUGGCAAAGCAGGCAAGACGAAGGGCAAACCGGUGGGCAAAGGGCCGGAGCCUUCUGUGGCACCUGGAGCGUCAACAGCUCCACAGAUUGCGUCUUUACCUGCAGCACCUACUCCGCCUGGACCGGCCAUGCCAGCAAUCAGUCCUGCGCCUUCCCAAGGGACGGCGACGAGAAUACGCCUGCGGAGAUCUCCCGUCUUCUUGGGGAUUACCAGGAAGACGCACAUCGAGCAACGGGGAAAGUUCUCCACAAGCUUGUGUCGAAGCAACAAGAGGCACGUCGAGGACUAUCGAAGACCCGUGCAGAUCGAGCGACCUUCGAUGGGGCCUGGGCGACCUACCUGAACCACAUGGCCCAGCUUUUGGAGCAGCAACUCACGGACAGAGUGAGUACACUCCGACAGUUCGACCAAGCGGAGGAGGCUUGGAAAACCCAGCUCGACGACACCACGGCAGAGCUGGCCAGGCAUGCAGCCACGCAGCAAGAUGUUGCGGAGCCGCAGGAACCAAUCGACAUCGAUGCGGAGAUGGAGCAACAGGAGAAGCAAGAGCAGGCGGUGGCCGAGGCGGCACAGGAAGAAGCGAAAGCUUCCAUCAGGCGAGAGCAACAGCGUGCCGAGACGGACGCCAAGGCCCAGGAGAUGUUGCAAGUGCUCAAGAAUGUGCAGCAGCAUUUGGAGACGCCAGCUCGGGAAGGCUCUCGUACUCCGAGGAGAACAGCUUCCAAGGACAAAGAGGGUGCAGAGAAAAAGCCGGAUACCAAGCUAGAGGCUGCCGCAAAGGUUCGCUUUGACAUGGUCGGACACAGUCUUCACAUGGACGAGGAUCCUCGUAUUCGAAGCAACAUCGAGGAUCCGAUCGAGGUGCCACCGCCCGUCACCACACCCACAUCCUCCUACCAGCAUGAGGUUCCAGCACAGGAUAGGUCUACAGGAAAAGGCCACGUGGAGAGGCUCCAGACACCUUCAGCAGCCUGUGCCACCCGUUGUGUGCACGGCAACUUGUUCUGGAAGUUCAACAGCAGGUCAAUAAGCUCGGGCGGCAAUGCGAAGCUACGACCAGGACCACAGAUCCUCGGACAGCCUGCUCUGAGGUCUGCCUUCACUCCGGAUGUGCCUAUCCCAGUCUGUGGACCUCUUCCCGAGAUCCAUAGCAUUGUGGGUGAAACGCCGCAGCAAGAUCGGUAUUGUGUAUUCAAUACCGAGACGCAUGCAGACAUCCGCUUUCCCGCCACCCAACUGGCUAUCACACUGCGUGACGCCCCUGUUGGGCACCAAGCUAUGCCGGUCGACUACCGACCCAUGUCGGGGAGGAUAUGCACGGUUAAUGUCGGCCCAGGACAGACAGCGGACGACAUUGCCGAGCAUUGCCAUAGACUCUGUCCGCCACAUAGGCUGCCACCAUACCUCUAUGUUCUUUACGAACCCAACGGUGAAGACUUGGAUGCCGUGCCUGGUUUCGUGGAAGACUUAGACUUCAUUCGAGCCGGCCAGCCUCACUUCGCGAUGCCACCGGCACCAGAUGGCGAGCAGGAUGAAGCUGUCUUAUUGCAGACAGGCUUUCGGCAGCUACAGGGCAGUACUGCUGCCCAGUCAAAGGCCAAAUCUCCGCCUCUGCCCGCUGCACCGGCUCAGCCCAUUCUGUUGCCACCUUCGCCGCGAUGCCCGUCACAGGACAGAGAACCUCCCUCUUUGCUCAAACGCAGGCUUUCAGGAGAGCAACCAAAGGCAACGGGGGGUCAAUGGCGGCUGUACCCGGAUGCCUUGCUAGGGCCGCGUUAUACGGGUGUCGCGGUAGCCUACACGACAUGGGGCAAGCCAGACGACACGACGAAACAUCUGUUCACGGUGUUCGAUACCAGACGACACCUCAGCACAAUCUCGAGCAACGAGGCAGCAAAGGUGGCGGAGUUCGCCCAACGUGCAAUCGACACGGCGCCAG